AAAAAAUUUCCACUUUCCAAUUAACAAAAAUAAAAAAUUACGCAUUUGUUCUUUCUUCGUCUUCUCUCCUCCUCUCUAUGUGCCCCUCUCUCUGUUGAAAAAAAAACAAAAAGUCUUCAAUUUUCCAUUUUCUUCUCCUCUGAUUCCUCAAUUUCGUACCCUGAAAAAACGAAAAAUCUCACCUUUAUUGUUCACUCGCCGGAAUAAUCGCCUGAGUUUCAAGAAAGUUGAGCUUUUGAUCUCGGAGAAGUAAUAAAGACUAUAAUUGACGAUUUGGGUUUGUGUUGAUUUGGAGAUUAUUGGGUUUCUUGUGGAAGAGAAAUGAUAGAUAUCCCUGGAACACCAGGGACUUUGACUGGUUUAGUCUUGAGAAUCUCUCAGUGUGUUUUUGCUGCUGGUUCCAUUUCUUAUAUGGUUACUUCUGGUGGCUUCUUUAGCUUCACUGCUUUCUGGUAAAGUCUUUUUGUUCUGUUUGAUCAGAUUUUAGGAUGUUUAAGUUCUUGGAUUAGUGUGAAUUGUUAGAUGAACCGUAUAGAUCCAAUCCCAAGAAAGUUGUUUUAGCAUCUGUAACUCUUUUUAUUACCUCUGGAUUUAGUGUUUAGGAUUUUGAAGCAAUUUUGAGUGUGUUUGAGUCUUAUGUUAGGUGCGUCAAGGAUCUUGUUUUAGACUAGUGUAGCUUGUGGAUGGAUCCAUUACCUUUGUUAUGUGCAAAGAUCUUGAAAACAUCUGAUAUGUGAAAUCUUUGAUUCUGUGACAUUUUUUAGCAUUCAUUCUCAAGCAUAUGUAGAAUUAAACAAUGUGGACUUUUCGUGUCUAUGUUCUUACACCUGGAAGAUUUGGUUGCAGCUAUCUAAUAGCAGCAAUGGGAUUGCAAGUCAUAUGGAGUUUUGGUCUUGCAAUACUAGACACAUUCGCAUUAGUGAGAAAGAAAACGCUUCUUAGUCCAGUUUUAGUCAGCCUCUUUGUAGUUGGAGAUUGGGUAACAUCGACAUUGUCACUAGCGGGAGCAUCGUCUUCCGCGGGAAUAACGGUUUUAUACUUUGGAGAUUUAGGAAGCUGCAGUUUCGAAGCAGAGUGUUGGAAGUACCAACUCUCUGUAGCUUUAGCCUUCCUUUGUUGGAUCACUAUCGCCGUUUCUUCACUUACUACACUUUGGUUACUUGCUUCAGCGUAAGUAAAAACCGAAAAAACUCUUCUGUACAAUUCCCAUAUAUGUAUAGACACAAUACUCAUUUGAGAUUUUUGAUUCUUUAUCUUGUUAAUAGUAUACCAUUACACAAUUUUUAAACUCUCAGUGUAUAAAGAUUACUCUUGUUGAUGAAAUUAUGAAAAAUACUCUCAUUUUUAUCAAAUUUUG